AUGACUGAUUUUGCCAUCGGGAUUGUUUCGCAAGGGGCUCAGGUCUGCUCCAUCAUCGCGAACUACAUCGGCUCUCUCAAGGAUCGCGAUGAGGACCUUGCUUCAAUUAGUCGACAAGCACAAGACCUGGAAUCUAUCUUUCAAACUCUCAGUGAAUCUCUGGCGCAAGGAUCUAAGGAUCCCUUGACUGCUCCAGCUGCCGCUCAUGUUUCAAGCUCCAUUCAAAGAUGCGAAGCUGAGCUAAACAGCUUAAAGCAAUUCGUAUCACGUUUCUCGGGUAGCGUCUCAUCUAAAGCUCGCCCACAAGACAAGAUCAUACAGCAAGCUAAAAAACUGAAAUACCCAUUUCAAAAGUCGGAUAUAUCUCGAGUUCAAAAGUCGCUCGGGGCGAUCAAGGAAACUCUUGAUUUGGCUCUCCAAAAUCUCGAGCUACGUCACAUGCAAUUGGCAAUAAGCAAGUUGAUCAACCUUGAAGAAGCGUCCCGGCAGGCAUUGAACAGCCUACACGCAAAACAAGACACCUUGCUAGAGCUAUUUACUCAAGACAUCACCACUGAGAUGGCCGCAAUUGGCGAGCCCGAUCCUAGGACGUCCAUUUACAAGCUCGCAUCCAAGCCGAGUCUUCUAGCGACGCUUUGUGCCGGCUUGGAGCAUCAUAAGAAGAAUACAAUAUCCACCUUUGACACCCUCCAAAGAGCCCCUGCAGUUAAGGGGAGCUCGUGCCCUUGCCGCCGGCACCUAAGUCAUCAGACUAAGCGAGCUUCUUGGUUGUCAUGGAAUUUUUGGGACGAUGAAACCAUUUAUUUCGACCAUUACGAAGGUUGUAAAUAUUUCAGAAGCAAUGGCGAUGAGCGGAGCCGUGUCCGCGGCUUAAGAUUGACGGGCUUGGUAAAAACUGCCAUCAUAGUCACAUUCUACACGAGAACUGGUGCAGGCGGACAUAGCCUCGCCUCAAAUCUUGAGUAUUACGCAACCGUUGACCGGGAGACCUCCCCUGCCUUUCGCGCUCUGUCCGUUCUGAGGAAAUGUAAAACUAUGCUACCAAGUCGGGAUAUCCUGCUACCAGAUCAACAGGCUCAGUGGGAAAGACUCACUCUGGCAGCAAUCCGGAAGCUUGAAAGUCUCUUCAGAUUAGGUAAAGCGGGGGCGAAGGAUGUUGACUCAUUCAAUCGAUCUCUACUCCAUGCGGCAGCUGAGCUAGUAAAUCCAGACCACCAUCAUAAUGUUCACAUCACGACCGUAGAGGAAGCUUUUACUUUACCCAUUGCGCGGCUUGCCAAAUUUCUUAUCAAGAAGCAAGUAUCAGCCUCGCUGAGAGACUUGUAUGGAAAGCAAGCAUUCGUCACCGCAGUCGGCCACGAGCCAUCAUCAAUAUCUCUCGCCGAAGCAUUUUACCCAGAUAAUGCAGAUAUCCAUGCCUCAGAGCAGUUCUCUGCUAAAAUUAACCUAAAUCAUGGCAAACUCGCUCAAUCUUUCGAGUUCUUUGCUGCAAUUCCAAGAGCAGCCGAAGUAUUCUACGGUCCAUUAUCAGUGGCAGUCUUGUUAGGUGAUCAAUACGAAACAUGUCGCCUUUUACAGAAACAUCCAAAAUGCCUAGAAGAAAGAGAUUGUCGUUUUGGUCUGACUCCCUUUCACCUGGCCUUGGGCAAUCCCGAGUGCUUGCGAAUCUUAGUCGAAAGGAGCAACCCGCGCCUUUUAGUUCAGUCCGUCAACAGCCGAUAUACUGUCCUUGGCUCUGCUAUACUCCUCAGUCAAGCCCUUUGCGAUCGACGAGAGGACCAAGACGAGUCUUCAUGUCGAUGCACCCUCCCUCUGAGGAUUUUGCUGGAGGGUGGGUGCCCCAUAAUACCCUAUCUAGACUUCAGGGUUGACUAUCAUGAUACCUUGAUUUCAUAUGCCUCGCUACACUGCAAAAUCCACCUAGCCAAGUCGCUUUUGCAACGUCGGCAAGAGCUAAAGUCGAUUGCGUUAGACCAUCUUUCGCCUUUAGAAGUCCACAAGUUCAAUCUGCACAGGCCGGCUGCCCUUGACAUAUAUGCUAUGCAAGUUGAUGAAAUUCUGCGCCAUAGAGGAAUCAUUGAAUUUGGACCUCUAAGCACAUAUUUGGAAGAAGAUCCCAUACAUUGCCAAUCUCGCGUUCAAGACUGCAAGUCUAUUUACCACGAACUGUCUAACGCUGAAGAUGCUAACAUCUACUUUAAUCUUGGGUUCCACGAUCUGUCAGCUCGCUUAGACAAACCUAGAAGGUGGCAGCCAAUUAUUCAUUUGCCGUCCAUCUUCAUAGGUACCUCAUUUGUGAAAUGGUUGUUGGAUCAUGAUGCUCCCCUUUGCGAAUGGGUGAAAAGUUUGCGACUUCCUUGGACUGGCUUUGUUGCAGAUGCUUUUAUCCUCUCAUUUAGAGGUGAAAAAGUCCCAGGUAAGUAUCCUGCCCAUGAAGACCAUAAAAGACUGGUACAUGAGCUUGAAGAGCGGAUGUUAUUGGACAACUCGCUCGAUAGCUGCGAGUGUCGGUGCUCGCCUGGAGGCUGCACGCCUUUUGUGGCGAGGAUGAAGUAUAUGGAUUUAAACAGUACCGAGCUCUAUAUUGCCACUACCAUCACUGCGUAUUUCAAGGAGUACGGUAACGCUUUGCGACGAGAUCACUAUUAUGCUGCGAUACGGUUCAUCACCUUUCAGGCACUGGGCAUUGCGCAUACAUGCGAUUGUGGAAGGGAAGAUAGUCGGAGUUCAGAAUUUGAUGCAGAGGAGAUUGCAGAAAUCCAAGAUGAAUAUGCAGAAUUGUUAGAGAUUUUGGAGUCGUUGACAGAGGAGUUUGAGGCACGUGUUAACGAGAUCUUUGAGGCAGCUACGGAUGAAGUUGGCAGUAUGACUGCUUUCUGGAGUGACUAUUGGUUUUGCAGGAUGAGCCAAGUCCGCUCUGAGCUGUCUGAAGCGAAUGGGACGAGUAAGUCAGCGGCGGAGGAUUUGGGUGUUAUCUGGGAUCCUGAAUCUGAGGAAGAAUUAUGGAUAGAACUAGAAAAGCUUUUGAAAGGCUGGGAUGGCCGGAUUGGCUGGAAAGGUUGGGAUUAUUACUUUCAAAAGAUCGAUGAGAUCGAGUAGAUUGACUGAUGAGAUGGAAUAGCACACUCUCAUUUCGGAGUUCCGAUAUUGACAAUCUAUCAGUAUUUAAUAGAUACACAGGAGCAGGUUUUCAUACCCUUACAUUCAGCCGUAGUAAAGAAUACAUCAGAAGGGAU